AUGACAUCUCGAGCCUGGGAUCUUUUCGUGAACGUCGAUGGUCAACAUUGUCGCACAAUCUGCCCUUUGCCCCAUGCACAGCUGAAUAACAUCGUUGUGGAUCGAUCGACCAUCGAGAAAUGGGACCAGAUGUCUUGUCAGGACCGAUACGUGCAAAUCAAGGACCAGCUCAGCGCCGAAGAAAGAGGAUUUCUUGUAUCGUUGCUCUUGCACAUCUCGGGCGGUGACAUGGAGAACAGCAGCUUCUGGGAUAUGGCACGAUCUCACGCUCUUAUGACGCACGACUCCAAAAACUUCGGUGAUAUCUGGCUUCGAUACAAGUUGAGACAAGGACAGACAGCCCUGGCUAAGCGAAUGUUCGGGGAAGCCGUUGACUAUGGACUCGAGUACAUCUUCUCGUUCCCUGUCAGCUCCAUCAUCCAACGAUCGGAUGGUAUUCAGGUCUGCGGUAUUUCAGGGCAAACGUUCAGGGCUAGAAAGGUGGUUUGCACCAUCCCACUUAACGUUCUGGAGGAUGUCCAGUUCAUACCCCCGCUCUCGACGACUCGCCGUGAGGCCAUCGAGCUGGGACAUGUCAACCAGAUGUCGAAGAUACACGUUGAUGUAAGCAACCCUGAGCUCGAGGGUUGGAACGGCAUGCGCUUUCCUGGCACUCUGAUGUACGGCUACGGCGACGGUAUCCUUCCUGAUGGGAAUGUCCAUCUUGUCGGUUUCGGGAAGGACGAGAAAGGAGCGUUUGUACCAGAGGAAAAUCCAAAGGCAGCCGUCGACGCCUUUGAGCAGCUCCAUCCGAUGAAUAUUCAGAGAAUGAUAUUCCACAAUUGGUGUAACGAUCCAUACUCUAAAGGGGGUCCGGCAUGGUGGAGGCCUGGAUACAUGUCCAAAUAUCAGGAUGAGCUUCAGAGCAGACAUGGAGAUAUCUUCUUUGCCAGUGGUGAUUGGGCUCAUGGCUGGCGAGCCUCUAUUGAUGGUGCACUUGAACAGGGCAUCAUGAAUGCCCAAACGAUUGCCGCGGAACUCAGACCGAAGGGGAGGCUUGGUCAAUCUCGCCUCUGA